AUGGCCUCCCAGAUCAGUCAGAACUAUCACCAGGAUUGUGAAGCUGCUGUCAACAAGCAGAUUAAUGUGGAGCUCACUGCCUCCUAUCUCUAUCAGUCUUUGAUGUCCUACUUUGACCGGGACGAUGUUGCCCUUCCCCAUUUUUCCCAGUUCUUCAAACAUCAGUCUCAGGAGAAGCGGGAACAUGCAGAGAAGCUGCUGAAAUUCCAGAAUCAGCGUGGAGGCGGAGUCUUCCUCCAGGAUGUGAAGAAGCCAGAGAGGGAUGAGUGGGGUAACAGCCUGCAGGCAAUGCAGGUUGCCCUGGAUCUGGAGAAGAAUGUGAACCAGAGUUUGCUGGAUCUACACCAAGUUGCCACUGCCCAGGCUGACCCUCAUCUGUGUGACUUCCUGGAGACCCACUAUUUGGAUGAGGAGGUGGAGAUCAUCAAGCAACUUGGGGACUACAUCACCAACCUGAAGCGCCUGGGAGCCCCUGAGAAUGGGAUGGGAGAGUACCUGUUUGACAGGCUCUCCCUGGAGAAUGCAACGAAAACUGUAACAGAUACUGUCACCUUGGAAACAUGCUGGCGUUAA